AUGUAUUUAUCGACCAAAGGCCGGACUCGUUUCAAGUGGACCAGUCCAGAGUGGUCGCCAGUCAGGCACGACGAUUUCAAAGUGCGGGGAAACGUCGACAACAAAGAGUCGGCUCGACAAGAGGCAGUUUAUGCGCGAAGUCUGGUAGGAUGGAUGUCGACUUCCUCGACUCCUUCAACAGAAGGCCGGAGGACGGUCUCACCGGCGACCAUGACACCUGCGGAACCCGAACAAGAAAGACAGCAAGACCAAGAUGAACAGAUCGGCUGUACCAUCCAUUCAGCUCUUUUCCAUCUUCGAAUUCUCGAACGGUCAUGUACAUGGUCGAUUACCAUAUUCGUGUCCGGGGCCCUCACAAGGCUGGCCAUUUCGACGAAUUCAUGGGAUACAACACACAAUUGGACCUAUGUUAGCCUAUUGCGGUUGCGACAGCGUGUCGCUUUGGAAACGCCAGAAUCUCAAGAGGCCAUCAUCUUCACAAUUGGAAGAAUGAUAAGUAUUGCUUACAUGUCGAGCGAGCCUGCAGCGCUGGUCACACACUUGGAGGCCUUUCGCACAAUCGCGGAACGUUGGAAAGCUGUACAUGAUUAUAGGAUAGGCUAUGACUACCUACGGGCCACCAGCGCCUUUGGAUCGAUGGACGCUACACAAUCCUGUCACCAGCGCCCUUUAGGGCGUCCACACCGACCGUCACCACCUAUCCUUUCUGACCCGGCUCUCGCUCCAGAACUGGCCACCUCGCUGGAAUUGCUGACUGAAGUUCUCAUUCAGCGAUGGACCUCGAGAAGGCCGCCUAUCCAGCGACAGACUCCUGCGUCUGAUCUCGUCGAAUGCUGCCGUCAAUUCGGUGAGAUCCUCGUCUCUCAAGACCUAACACCUACACAAUCACAGCUCUGCAUGGGCCUCCUUCCCUCAGACCUAUCCCGUCCCAUCCCAUUCCAUUUGAUAUAUGUUUCCCAAUUUGGUCCUAUUUUACAUCUCUCCACACUGGGCAAUCCUCACAUCCAACACGGGCUUCUCCCCCUGCCCUCUCCCUCCGGGCCCCGCCGUCCUCGUAUUCUCAAUCAUGCGCACGACUCCCAUACUCUCUGCAUCUGCGACCUGGCCAAAAACCACGUGUUUACCGUCUAA